GAACCUACUACAGAUCACCGACGGUUGGCAGCUUUUCGACAUCAAAGGCGUCGGAGCCCACAGGAACUUGCCUCCAGCCAAGGAAGAGAGGGAAGAAGCCAAAGCAAAAGUCCAGUGGGACGGCGGCUUCCUCGCCGCCUUUUCGGGUCUCCCCGUCGUCCUCUCAAAGCAGGAUAGCGACCGUCUGGAGCAUGCGCUGGCGAAAGAUCUCGGACUUCUGCAG